AUGGCUUCGAGAUCGAGAUCCAGAUCGCCUGGCGACCGCUAUCGCUCCCGAACCCGAUCGCCGACCCCGCGUUCCGACAGAGGUCGCUCUGCCUCGCGCUCGCCAGUUCGCCGCCGGGACUACGAUUCGCGUUCGCCGUCGCGUUCCCAGUCGCCAGCCCCGCGACGCAACGGCAGAUACCGCAGCGAAAGUCGCAGCCAGAGCCCUGUUGUCAGAAGCACCAAGAUUGUCGUCGAGCGCUUGACCAAGAACAUCAACGAGGGACAUCUUGAGGAGAUCUUCAGCCAAUUUGGUCCUAUCAAAGACCUUGAUCUGCCUAUCAAUAGAACAUACGGCACCAACAGAGGCACUGCCUAUAUUCUCUACGACCACGAGGCCGACGCUGAGGAGGCUAUUGCUCACAUGCACGAGGCUCAGAUUGAUGGCGCCGUUAUCAACGUAUCCAUAGUCCUGCCCCGGCGCAAGCUCUCCCCGCCGCCUCCCAUGGCUCGUCGCGGUGCAGGCUACGACCCCAGGCUUCCAGCUCCCGCUGGUCGAGGCAGCGGCAGGCAGUCGGGCGCACCUCAUGCCGGGGCCUCGGGUCCCGGAUCCUUUGGCCAGAACGGACCCCGUCGCGGUGCUUCGCCUCCACCGAAUCGUCGGGGGCCUAGAUCCGAUACCUACCGCCCGCGAUCCGUCUCUCGCUCCCCCUCGCGAUCUCCUGCGGGUGCACCUCCAUCACGUGGUGGAGGCAGCAGGUACAGAAGCCGUUCGAGAUCUUACUCACGAUCUCGCUCGCCAGCCCCGAGACGCGGCGCAGGUGCGCGCGGAAAUGAGUACCGCAGAAGGAGCCCGAGUCGAGACAGCUACGACAGUUACGAAAGCCGUCGGACUCGUUCCUCCAGCCGUAGCCGUGACCGUGGCCCUCGAACCGGUGCUGGUGGAAGUCGUGGCGGUGGCGGCUUCCGGGGCUAUCGAUGA